AAGGCGUUCCCGGAAAACGAACAAAACCGGGGGAAAAAUGUUGCCCGCCGCUACAUUAAUGAUUAUAUUUGUGGUAAAUACAGUAACAUUUUGGAUGAAAAUGUUGUAAUACUUCAAGGUGGAAGAAAUCACGGUUAGUGCUCCGCCCCGCUGGAGCCGGACAGAACGUGGGAGUGAGAGAAGUCUUCGGAGGUCGCACUUAGUAGUUGGAGGUAGUCAAUUAUUAUUAUUAUUAUUAUUAUUAUUAUUAUUACUAUUAGUGGUGGUUGUCUACAACUACAAGUUAAGAUUUAUUGUGGAGCAUUUUUCGUUUUUUUAGCACGUCUUUUCCUUACUUGACGCUCAGUCCCCGGCUGACGAGGUAACGGACCGGACAGCCUCGUCUUGCCCGGGAAGCACCGCCUGCCGCCGGGCUGCUACUUUGACGCCUUCCCGGUAUCUACAUGGUUCUUUACACAAGUUUAUUCAUACGACCUUCCACACUUCUAUGGACGCAAACUUCAUAUUUUUGAAAUGCUGUUUAUUUAACUUGUGCAAGCUAACCUGGCUAGCAUCACAACCGACUGUUUGCUACCUUCCUGUCUGCUACUAAACCAGUUGUGCCUGAGUCCAUGGUCAUUAAUGUCUCUCUCGGCAUCUAAUGGAAGAUAAAGCAUCCACCAGGUUUGCCAUGGUUUCGAGACUGCCCAAGUUCGGCGGGCGCUCUGCGAGUACCGGUGCCACCUCCCUUUCCAACGGUUUGCCGACCCAGGAUGCCAAGACAACUCCCCCUCCUGCUGUAGUAUCGCGGCCAAAUGGUGUGAUUAAAACCUCUCCCUUUUCCCUGAAAUGGAAGAGAGAUGAAGGAGCAACCUCCUCCAGCGUUACCUCUCCCACAAAUCCUGUGGAUGGAGGUAAAGAUAAGCCUUCAAGACCGCUUCCUGCAACAGUAAAGGCCCCAGGGACACCUAUAAUGCGGAGGUCUGGUGCAUUGGUGGUGGCUGCCUCGAGCCCGAAAACCAUCACUAAGCAAACCCUAAAGCUGGGUCCCAAGGAAGGAUCCAAACUGAGUCCAGGCCCUAUGAACGGAGCGCCUAAAAUACACCCCAAUGACCCAGGAAUCUCUGCAGGGUCUGAUUCCCGCCUUGCACGACCCAAGUUAUAUUCCCCGAGAAGCAGCUCCCAAGACAGCCUUUCCCAGUCCAGUGAAAGCUUGAAGACCUUGGCUCUGGACAAGAUGGUGCGCUCAAACAGCUUCACCCACUUCAAACAGAUCCCCUCUCCCAGCAGCCAGCCCAUGAUACGCUCCUUCUCCUUUAACCGGGCUGUGGAACUAGCCAAACCUCUCACCAACACUCAGCUCAGACCGCCUCGAAGUAGUUUCCUCAAACCUCCCCAUCUUAGCAAUGGAAGAUUAGGUUUAGGACUUGGGGGUCUCAAUGUAAGCCAUGGUGGGCCUGGAUCUUCUAGUAACGGGAUUGGAGGUCUUCAGUACAGCAGAACCGCUCCUGCUACCUCCUCUUCAAUAUCUCCAGGGCCCACUACUCCCAUUGCUCUGAAGAAGCCUCUACUCUCCACUUUUAACAAGUCACCGGGAAAUACCAAUGGAUCUUUGGGCUACAAGCUGACAAAACCUGGACAGACCAAGCAGAAUAAGACUUCUUUUCUUCCAGGUUGGCUGAAAGGCGACGCCAAAGCUUUGUCGGCAACACAAUGUGGAGAUCUGUCAAAGACAGAGAGAGAUUCUGAGCCAGCUGGAGAGGCUGAAGACCCUCAUAGUAGUCAAAAUCCUGCUGACGGAAAAGAAACGGAUAGCUGUGGUCUGACACAAAGCUCAGCAGACCCGGCAGGCGGUGAUGCUCAGGAGGACAUGUCCCUGUCUUCUGCUUCCUCCCUAGACCGAGGUAACACCAGUGAAGAGUUUCUAGACGACUUGGACAGCGUGGGAGACGUGUUCAGUGAUGGGGACGUUCAUGACCAUAAGAAUAGUGGCUUGGAUGGUUUUCUUGGCGAUAACAGUGACUGGGAUCUGGCUGACCACAAUGAAGAGAGCCCUAUGCAGGACUCCCAGGGACCACUUGUGAGGUCUCCAGUGGAGGCUGAUCUCUGCCAGGCUUCAUCCUUGGAGCUGUCACCUUCCGACAGCUCUGGGGGCACCUACAUGUGGGAUGAAGAAGGUCUGGGACCCCUCGGAGGGCCCGGGACACAUCCGUGUGAUCUCUAUGAUGACUCCGAGCUCAGCAGCAUGGUGCGUCCCAUUGAGCUUGAUGUACUUUAUCCCCUGAAAGACACCCUGAACAACCUGCACCCCCCAGGACCCCAGGACGAUGAUGACCUCAUGCUGGACGUCGACCUCCCGGAGGAUGGCGUGCAUGAUGCUGACAGGAUUUCCAACGGGGAAAGCGCGGCCCGGCGGCAGGCACAGCGGCGGAGGCAUCAACGUUUGGGCGGACCGGCUGGAUUCGACGCACGGACACAAUCCCCGCAGGGCCUCAAAUCUUCAAAGAUGUCCCCGCAGGCCGCCCCCUCCGAGGCCAGGCGGCUGUGUCUCGGCGCCUCGCCGGAUGAACUCUCGCUGGAACACUUGAGCCAGGACUGCAGCUCGGUCAAGAAGCAGCUGCUCAGGCUGAGGAACCUGCUGCAGCGUGAGGAUCCUGACUUGCCAGCAGCAGAUGUUGUCCAGGACGGUGAAGGCAACACCGCCACUGCGGCCCAGUGUGAAGAGCUGCUGAAGGAGGUGCACAUGCUGAGAGAAGAAGUGAGGACCAGGGACAAGACCAUAGUUCAGCUGACUCUGCAGUGUCAGCAGCAACACCCGCUGGCUCCGGUGCAAUGUCAGUGUCACCAGCAGAGGGCGCCCUCGCUGCUGCUGCAACCGCCCGCCCACCAGCGCCACGACAAGGCCACCCAGACCCACUGGAGACCGCCCGGCCACCCUGUGAGUCUCGCCCAGCGUCACCUUCCUCUCCAUGUCCGCCAGCAGGGGGCGGCAGUAAGAACUCUCACCGAGGACCGCACUGAAGGAAGUCCUCGUGAUGACGCUCCUCUCCAUGGUCUGGUGUCAGCACUGGAGCUCAGUCGCCUUCUGGGUGCUCACGGUUCAAGUUCAGGGGCUCAACUGCCGUCCCUGAACUUGGCGCCCGGCUGUGGCGCGGGUGUGCCGCUCCCCGCCACCACGCCGCUCAGACACUCGUCCUCGCUGGCGGGCAGGAGCAGGCAGCUCCCGCCUCCGUCCAGGGGCCUUCCCGGCUUUAACACCAACACCCGGCCUCACCUCCCCGGCCUGAGUCGCACCUCGCCGCCCCGGCCCGGCGGUGGACCCGACUCCAAGAUGUGGGCUCGCUCGUGUCUCCCCAAGCCAAAGAUUCCCUGAGCAGGUGUGGACUCCACCUGUCAUAGCACCGUGUCACUUUCAUGACUUAGGAAGUCCAUUUCAUGCUCGGCCCGACCCGCGUGUGCGCAAACUUUCAAGACGGUGACCUUUACCGCACGGCGCUGACGGGCGAGCUGGAAACUAAACGUGCCCAAAGAAAAUGUAGCUGAGCGGACACAACAUUAGGUACAGGCAAUCCAAGAAUAUGGACAUCUUCUUUAAGGAAGUACCCACACUUUUGUUCCACCUCAGAAUAUCUUCUUUAAGGAAGUACCCACACUUUUGUUCCACCUCAGAAUAUCUUCUUUAACGAAGUACUCACACUUUUGUUCCACCUCAGAAUAUCUUCUUUAACGAAGUACUCACACUUUUGUUCCACCUCAGAAUAUCUUCUUUAACAAAGUACUCACACUUUUGUUCCACCUCAGAAUAUCUUCUUUAACGAAGUACUCACACUUUUGUUCCACCUCAGAAUAUCUUCUUUAACGAAGUACUCACACUUUUGUUCCACCUCAGAAUAUCUUCUUUAACGAAGUACUCACACUUUUGUUCCACCUCAGAAUAUCUUCUUUAACAAAGUACUCACACUUUUGUUCCACCUCAGAAUAUCUUCUUUAACAAAGUACUCACACUUUUGUUCCACCUCGGAAUUGAUUGAUUGAUUGAGACUUGUAUUAGUAGAUUGCACAGUGAAGUACAUAUUCCGUACAAUUGACCACUAAAUGGUAACACCCCAAUAAGUUUUUCAACGUGUUUAAGUCAUGGUCAAGAAAAGUCUCCAAGUACCACAUUAGGUCCAAAUAUUCAUUAAAAUCUAUUUAUUUAAUAAAUAUAUUUAAU